AUGGCGGAAUUCGUACGAGCUCAGAUUUUCGGCACCACGUUCGAAAUCACGACGAGGUACACCGAUCUGCAGCCCGUUGGAAUGGGAGCCUUUGGUCUUGUCUGUUCGGCGCGAGAUCAAUUGACGAAUCAAGCCGUUGCCGUCAAGAAGAUUAUGAAGCCCUUCAGCACGUCAGUGCUUGCUAAGAGAACAUAUCGAGAACUCAAGCUGUUAAAACAUCUGCGGCACGAAAAUGUUAUCAGUCUGAGCGAUAUCUUUAUCUCUCCCCUUGAAGACAUAUAUUUCGUCACGGAACUUCUCGGUACCGAUUUGCAUCGGUUAUUGACAUCGCGACCGUUAGAGAAACAGUUCAUUCAGUAUUUCCUAUACCAGAUCUUGCGGGGCUUGAAAUAUGUGCAUUCCGCCGGAGUCGUCCACCGGGACCUCAAGCCAAGCAACAUCCUAAUCAAUGAAAAUUGUGACCUGAAAAUUUGCGACUUUGGCCUUGCGCGUGUUCAAGAUCCCCAAAUGACUGGUUAUGUUUCCACGAGAUAUUACCGUGCCCCUGAGAUCAUGCUUACCUGGCAGAAAUAUGACGUGGAGGUUGAUGUGUGGAGCGCCGGUUGUAUAUUCGCAGAAAUGCUUUCGGGGCGACCACUUUUCCCUGGAAAGGACCAUGUCAAUCAGUUCUCAAUUAUUACGGAGCUAUUGGGAUCCCCGCCAGACGACGUGAUUCAAACAAUAUGUAGCGCAAAUACGUUGCAAUUCGUGCAGUCGCUACCCAAACGAGAGCGUCAACCUUUGAGCCAAAAGUUCAAAGAUGCAGAUCCGUUAGCGGUUGAUCUACUAGAAAGAAUGCUUGUUUUUGACCCCAAGAAACGUAUCACCGCUGCGGAAGGCCUUGCUCAUGAAUAUUUGGCACCUUACCACGACCCUACAGAUGAACCCGAGGCGGAAACUAAGUUCGAUUGGUCUUUCAAUGACGCUGAGUUGCCUGUUGAUUCGUGGAAAGUCAUGAUGUAUUCCGAAAUCCUUGACUACCACAAUGUUGACCAAGUUGCCCAGGACCUGCCUACCGCAUCUUUGGACCCCGUGGCUAGUGUCCGGUAG